AUGCGCGACGACAUAGGUCUUGGUCCCAACGUAAGCCGAAGAAAGGUGAAGAUAGUAAAAAACGGGGAAGAUCGUGAGAGUCGUGGCUCAGUCUCAGAAGGAAAUUCUUCUGACGAUUUCUGUCUUCCAGUUAAACGAGGACGAGUCUUGAAGAAUAAGUCACAUCGAAAGCUGAGUUCUUAUGCCUCGAUUAAAUCUGAGCUCUUGGUAGAGAAGCGGAAGCCACGAAAAACGCCUCUCGGAAAGCUCAAAGUGCCAAAAUCUUCUGCGCGGCAUGAUGACUAUGAAGAUGAGGAGGAUCCUGAUUCGAAUAUGUCAGCGAGGAUUUUGGAUAUUAUAGCUGCGUUAAAUGGCGGGAAAAGAACGAAAGUUGGAAUAGCUAACUGCUUUGAAAAUAGCACCGCUCUUGACUACAUAGACGUUUGUCUGAAAGAAUCUGAGAAUAUGCAGGAGGUGGCUCUUGCGCUAGCGAUCGCAACUGACGUGUACAGUUUCCGGGUGGAUCGGACGCACAACGACGCGCAGGAGACUCGCUACACCUUCAUCCGCGGUAAAAGCGAUGCAGAAAAAGCUAUGCUGCUUGCUGCAGAUGAAAAUUGUGAAAAUACCAAAGAAAAGAGGAGGAGGAGGAAGGUUGAAAAGGAUCCCGAAGCAAGAAGAGAGCCAGAAAUCGAGCAAGAUGGGUGUGAUCUCAACAAUAUUCACCAAUCAGAGUGGUUGGGUGUCUCAGCUUCUGAUACCUUUGACCAGACGUUUGGUUUGAAAUUCCCAUUGAAAGGCGGCUGUCUGCAACAUUGGAGUUUUACACAAGAGUUGCUCGAAAGAAUCCAGAGUAGGCAACUUGAUAUUCGGAAGACUAGACGGGCAAAAGCGAAAAUUGAUGUCUUGGAAGAAAAUACCUCCGCUGAACUUCUAUCUGAUGUACACGGAGUUUAUACAACCAUGAUAGCAAACGCACUGCGAAAGGAGCCUACGACCUGGGAACACUAUUUGCUUGAAGAUAAUCCGCGGUUGUACAAAACUGGGCAGUAUUUGAAAACUGGUGAUAUGACAGGCUACGUUUUCCAAGAACGUCCUUUCUACCAUCACUUCGAUCCUGAAAAAGAGUCUGCAGACGAUCCGAGGGAAAUGUUUUCAUUCGUGGAGAAGAACGCGGACAAGACAUUGUACACCUUCAAGAAACCGCCGAAAGGAACAACUCUUGCGCGCCUAGCACCGUUCAUUCGUGUUCCUGUGAAUAAAUAUGCAAAUCCUCGAAAUAGGAAAAUUGAAGAUAUAUACUUCAAAGAGGAUAUUGACGUGAAACUCUCUCCUGAGGCUGUAAACAAUUGCGACCUUUUGAGAUUUACAGAAAAUGCAUGGAAGCAGUUGGAUACUCACGACUUGUGCGCAGCGGAUUUUGCUUUAAUCAACUUCAAUUCCUCCACUGUAAAAUCAACGGAGAGUUCUGUAGUGGAAUUAAGUGAAGACGAAGUGAUAUUUGUGGGCAAUAAUGACAAAUCGCUUUUGGUCCGUCUAAAUGAUCGCCGUGAAGAAGUUCUAGCUGACUCCGAAAGACCAAACGGCGAACUUGAACAAACGGCGCGAUAUCGGUCCGGUAACAUAGUGAAAAAGUGCUCCAACACAAUAACACGCUUAACAAGAGCGAUAGAAGAAGAGGAAAUAGAUGAAGAAGAUCUCAAAGAAUGGAGAACAUCACGGUUUUUGGAGACUAUUGGGUCUCAAGAAGGGCGUUCCCUUCUUGAGGGACAGCAUGGCGAGUUUUCCGAAGUGUGCACCUCAUCAAAUUCAAAGAACGACGAGCUAAAGCAAAGAAGGCAAAUGGUGGCUUCAGUUGUUGGAGCAGGUCGUGAGGCUUUCGACUGGCUGGUAUCAGAGGCAACAAUUCUUAGUGAUAUCCCUCAUGUUUUUAAGCGUGGUAUACAUCCUGAUAUUCGACAUAUUGAUGCGAUCUACCAUAUGAAAGUUUUCAAAUUUAAAGUCACCGUUGAGCAAGCUCAUGAGAGUUUGAGGCAAGCGGAACGUAUCGGAGCUGGUAUGACACCGGAAGAACUGGCUGUGUUGAAGCAAAAGUGUUUUCGUCCCGGUCGGUAUAAUGGAAUUCGAGAUAGUGGUGAAGUGUCGAGAUUCUAUCGCACAGAUCCGUGGAGUUUAGAGGCUGCCACGAUAUCCUUUUCUGAACAUUACUUUGGCUCCCGUAGCUACCCCAAAUUGGAAGGUGCUUUACUACAACUGCGUAACGAUAUACAGGAGGCAGCGAAGAAGAUCCCAUCUACUUCUUCGUAUUACGCAACAAACAGUAGGAAAGCCAUUAGUUACGACCAGAAAAGUUGGACGAGACGCCUGAACGAAGCAAUAUCCUUGUUUAAUUCUUACAUGGACAAAUGUGAAGGAAAGUCUCUUUGCAAUAGAAGACCACUGCCGAAAUUACCUGAACGUUCGUACAAUUCGCACUGUCAGUUUAAGUCUGCUCGAGUUUUAAAGCCAAAAAUAGGAUGUUCGGCUAAUAACUCUGUAGAAGAAGAACCAAACGACACUUGUAUGAGACAAAUGAACAAGAGUAACGGAGUCCCAGAUGCUGAUGCACAGGAAGGGUGUUAUUGUAACGGUAACAAUGAUGAUGACAACGAUGGUGGUGGAGAUGCUGGAAGUAUUAGCAGCUUCAUUUAUCCCGAUGAUGCUUGUCCUGGUGUCGAAGAAGAAAUCCGUGCUAUUAGGGAUCGAUCUGAGCAAGGUAUAUUCUUUGCUAACAGGUCACAUGUUGUCGUAUUCAGCCAAGGUAAAGCCGUCAUUUUCGAGAUCGCACGAAAGAACUUUGUCGCUAUUUUGUCAAGGUACUUUACCAAGUGCGAUGUUCACAGCAGUGUUACACUGACAGAUCGGUUUAGUAUUGCCGAUCCCCGUCUGCUAACUCGUAGCGAAGACAAAAUAUUUAUGCGACGAAAACCAUUCACCCGCAGUUCUUUUUCAGAAUACAAGUUUGAGGAUUUUGUGAAACCCGGCUUGCUUCAUAAAGGCUGCUAUCCUGGUGUAAAACUCGAGGUCGAUGAAUCAGUUUAUAACGUCGAGAAAAAAUUCAGUGGUACAUUAACAAGAUCUUCAACGGCAGAAGAACCUCGUUGUGAUAUGGUCACUCCUGAUACUGAACUAGACGUUUGUGAUGCAUGGCUCACAACGUUUGGUGGGUUUCGAGGUUCUCCGGCUGGACCUGUAGAUGAUAUAAAUCUGUCGAAGAGCGAGAAUAUUGGUCCGAACAUGGACGACAGUUUCAAUGAUUCCAUCUAUUGUCCGAGUAGUACUUCAUACAAGAAGGAUCGCUUUAACGACAUUCGUCCUGAUGAAUUCAAGGCAAUUGGGAUUUACGUAAAAAAUCUUUUGCCAAAUAAGGAUUUCUAUGCAAUGACUGAAGAAGAACGAGCAGCUGCCGUAGCCGCUGAGUUUGAAGCCAUAGAUGCCCUGGGACCCAAGAAGGAAGAUGAUUAUUUGGUCACUGUUGGUAAUCUAGGAGGUCUGGGUUUCCGUUGCUCAAUUGUCCCCUACCAUUUGAACACUGCCAAGAUGAAGCGCGUUAUGAAGUCAAUUUUAUCCAAUCCUUUGCUUGCUUACGACAAAGUGCUUUACUCGCGACGUGCACUGCUUGCUCGCUGUCGUGCAGUUGAGCGCAAUAAAAACCAAGAGUUUGGUCCCGAAAUGUAUUUCAAGAAGCUUGAUCGAACUCUUGACAAUAGUCUGGGGCCAAUUGCAGAGAAAAUGCUUGAACGAUGUAACCCAAUGGAUAUAACUGCUUUGGAUCCAGUCGAUGUACUUGACGCGUUAACAUAUCGGAAUUUGGAGGAUGUUAACGUGAAGGAAGAGCCAAAGGACCGGUGCGAAACGAGCAAUGCAGGUGUGGAAGAAAGUAUGCGACAGUUCGCUGCUGAAGUUCGGCAAGCAGAUUUUAAAGUUCAAGGUCUCCACACGUUCUCCUCAGUCAUGCAUUGCCUACCACGACGAAUGGGAAAUACUGGAAAGCAUGUGAAUGUAGCGAAUGCAUUAGCUGUCACCCUUUAUAUGUGUAACGAAAACACGCUUACUUUGCUGCAGGAGCGGGUAAACACGAGAGACAAAAAUGUUUCUGUGAAAACUGCUGAACCAUGGAUGGGAAAUUUUAUUAUUACAAACGCUGUUGAUAAUGGUGUAUUUAAUGAUUGA